AUGCACAGUAAUACCCAUUUUGAAAUUAGGAAACAUCGUCGGUCCUCGUCAUCCGAAAGUUCCUCAUCGUCAGACAGCGAAGACGAAAGACGCAGCAGAAAACGUCAUAAGCACAAAAAAGAGAAGGCGAAAAAACAUAAAAAGGACAAGAAAAAAUCCAAGAAAGAAAAAAAGCAUAAAUCUCGUGCUGUUGGUGAUGACUGGGGCAAAUACGGUAUUAUUCAUGAAGCAGACAUAUUCACCAAAGAAGCGGAAUUUCAAGCAUGGCUUAUCGAAGUGAAGCAUGCUGAUGUGGAAACGCUCAACAACAUCAAACGAAAAGAAAUGUUCUUGGACUUCAUGGAAGAUUACAAUACAGCGACUAUGCCACAUGAUAAAUUUUACGAUAUGAGCAAAUGGGAAUCACGUCAACAUGCUGUCAGAAUGGGAGACCCCCUUCCUCCCAGCGAUUCAACUUUUAAUUUUGCAAAUGACGAAGAACAACUGAGAAUGCAACACCGCAUGGCAGCUCGUAUGGCUUCAUCGAAAAAAUCCUCGCUAACAUUAUCGCAAGAACAAAUUGAAGAAUUGGCAAAAGUAAAUCGUGAACGUAUCCAAGCCGAACGUAUGCGCAAAAUGGGUCUCGUUCCCAAAGGAAAUAUGGGUGUACGCUACGAAUACGAAUAA